UCAAGAUUACAAAUGGGUAAACAUUGUCCAACAAGUCAGUACUAUGAUGAGUUACUGCAGUCUUGUAAAGCCUGCAACCUUCGCUGUGGAAAUCUUCCUCCUGGUUGUCUCAACUUUAAUCUCUGUACAAGGACUUCAAAUUACACAGUGACGCACAAAGAGGUCCCGCCAACGAGUGUCGGGCCCACAAUCACAUAUAAAACAAAAGGCCCCCAUAACCCUGAGGUUGGAAAUAACGCAAACUACACGAUUUGGCUGGUGGUGUUAUUGAUUGCUGUGUUAAUAUCAACUAUAAUAAUUGUAACAAUUAUGCUGCAUAGAAAACGGAAGCUGCACGCAGAUUCUUUUGGCGAGGCCUGUGGCAAGAGUACAACUAAAAGCAGGAUUAAAGGUGCGGAUUUAGAACAGGCCUCAUGUGAUGAACUAAAGAAACCAGUGGCAGAGAACGAAGAUGUGGACAACCCAGUGGGUGCCAAUAUUUAUGACAACGCUCUGUCUGAUUAUCUGUUUCCUUUGCCGGCGGUAGAGGAAGGAGCUGCUAUUCUCGUCACCACAAAAACAUCUGCUUGUCUUAAUCCUGGCCCAGGUGUGAGGGGUGACGCUUUUGUGGAAAUAUAAUCUCACAUCUCUCUGUCAUUGAUUGAGACACUAGACGACACCAAGAGCUUUGUGCCUGUUGAAUGUGUAUAUAUGCUAGGACAUAACAGCUAUGUGACUACCAUUGUCAGGAGGCCAUUUUGUGAUGUGUUACCUCAUACUACGAUCUUUUACAAAAAGAUCUGAAAUGCACAUCAGUUAUGAUCCACAUCCUUUGUACAGAGCUGUAGCUAGGCUUUCCUUCAUCUAGGGCAAAAUAACAAUUCACCGCAACCAUCCGUGCCUCAUCCUUGAUCAUGGCUCGUGCCCCAGUAGUCCCCCUAUCUAUGUCCCUGCUUUAAAGGCAUUGUCGGGCAGGAUAACUUUCUGGAAGAGGCAAAAUGUUGUUAAAAAUGAAAGAAGCAUUACUCUCCUCACUGAUCCCCCAUUGACGUCAUUUGGGUCUCUGCUGGUCUCUGUUUCCUGGUCUGGGAUCACCACACAGGAAGUAAUAGGAGAUGCCUGCUCCAUGCCUCCUAAGUGUCCUUCUUUUGGAGGGACAGUCCCUCUUUUUGACCCAAGUCCCUCUGUCCCUCUUUGAUCCUUAAAUGUCCCUCUUUUUGAUCUUAGG